AACUGAGACAUGAUUGAUGAUUGUAGCUGGCGUAGCUGAGGGUUAUCUGCUCAGGUUUAUAGUUUUGACUCCUGUGUGCUUGACCCUCCGGAGUCCCGUCCACACUCAUUAGAAUGUACACAGUAGAAUGCUAGUUUGCGUUGGAAUAGAAUAUAACACUUUUAAGUGAUUAGAAUUUUCGUGUUAAAAGUCCAGUUCUCUCUUUCCCUGUAUCCAAGAACUUGGAGAGUUAAAUAAACAGAGAUUGUGUGUAGUCAUGGAAUAAAGAAGAUGAAUCUGGAAAACCUUGAACGCUAUUUCAUCACCAAAGCUAUGGAGGCAGAACAUCCCUCUGGAAUAUGCAGUUAGGGAACAGAACUCAAGACUUCAUGCUUCUCCAGCUUGAAUUUAAUGAAGGGAAAGAGAAGAAGUGGCAGAGUUCUGAUCCAGGAGUCCACUGGCAAGAGAACUGUAUGAUCUGGGGCCUGUCGGAUAACCUCUGAGCCUUGCUCCCGAAGAUUUAGAAUUUUUGAAAUUCUCUAUCUGAUGGAACACACAUCCCCAACCUACAUGCUUGCUAACCUGACCCACUUACAUUCUGAACAACUUCUUCAGGGCCUGAACCUCCUUCGUCAGCAUCACGAGCUCUGUGACAUCGUUCUGCGCGUAGGCGAUGUUAAAAUCCACGCCCACAAAGCGGUUCUCGCCAGCAUCAGCCCGUAUUUCAAGGCUAUGUUCGCUGGAAAUCUCUCUGAGAAAGAGAACAGUGAGGUCGAGUUUCAGUGCGUGGACGAGACCGCUCUCCAAGCCAUUGUGGAGUACGCCUAUACAGGGACCGUCUUCAUCUCCCAGGACACAGUCGAAUCUCUCCUGCCUGCAGCAAACCUACUCCAGAUAAAACUUGUCUUGAAAGAAUGUUGUGCGUUUCUUGAAAGCCAGCUGGAUCCCGGCAACUGUAUUGGGAUUUCUCGUUUUGCAGAGACGUACGGCUGUCAUGAUCUUUACCUGGCGGCCACUAAGUACAUAUGUCAGAAUUUUGAAGCUGUUUGUCAGACUGAAGAGUUUUUUGAGCUUACACAUGCUGAUUUGGAUGAAAUCGUUUCCAAUGACUGUUUGAAUGUAGCUACUGAAGAGACUGUUUUUUAUGCACUCGAGUCUUGGAUCAAAUACGAUGUACAAGAACGCCAGAAGUACUUAGCCCAGCUGCUCAACUCUGUGCGACUCCCGCUGCUGAGCGUUAAGUUUCUCACUAGGCUGUACGAAGCAAACCACCUUCUACGUGAUGACCGCACUUGCAAACACCUUUUGAAUGAAGCCCUGAAGUACCACUUCAUGCCCGAACAUAGACUGUCUCACCAGACAGUCCUGAUGACUCGGCCUCGCUGUGCUCCUAAAGUCCUGUGUGCAGUAGGAGGCAAGUCGGGGCUGUUUGCCUGUCUGGACAGUGUGGAGAUGUACUUCCCUCAGAAUGACUCUUGGAUUGGCUUGGCACCUCUCAACAUUCCCCGCUAUGAAUUUGGAAUAUGUGUUUUAGACCAGAAAGUAUACGUGAUAGGUGGCAUCGAAACGAAAGUACGUCCUGGCCUCACCCUCAGAAAACAUGAGAACUCAGUAGAAUGCUGGAAUCCUGACACCAACGCCUGGACUUCUCUGGAGAAGAUGAACGAGAGCCGGAGCACCCUGGGCGUGGCGGUGCUGGCAGGAGAGCUGUACGCCUUAGGCGGCUAUGACGGACAGUCGUACUUACAGUCUGUGGAGAAAUACAUCCCCAGAGUGAGGAAGUGGCAGCCCGUGGCACCGAUGACGACCACACGGAGCUGCUUUGCGGCGGCUGUGCUGGAUGGCACGAUCUACGCCAUCGGCGGCUACGGCCCUGCCCACAUGAACAGUGUUGAACGCUAUGACCCAAGUAAGGACUCCUGGGAGAUGGUUGCAUCUAUGGCAGAUAAAAGGAUCCACUUUGGUGUGGGUGUUAUGCUAGGCUUUAUUUUUGUGGUGGGUGGACAUAAUGGCGUCUCACAUUUGUCAAGCAUUGAAAGAUAUGACCCUCAUCAAAAUCAGUGGACUGUGUGCAGACCAAUGAAAGAGCCCAGGACAGGAGUUGGCGCUGCGGUGAUUGAUAACUGUCUUUACGUAGUCGGGGGCCACUCGGGGUCUUCCUAUCUGAAUACUGUGCAGAAAUAUGACCCCAUCUCGGACACAUGGCUGGAUUCAGCUGGCAUGAUAGACUGUCGCUGCAAUUUUGGACUGACUGCACUUUGACGAGUGUGGACUUGUGGCAUGAGAUGCGUUUAUGCCACAUGGAAGAACACCCACUUUUCUGGAACCCAAAAGCUGCACUGCUUUUUUUUUUUUUUCUUUCUCUUUUUUCAUUUUCACUGUUUUUUUUUUUUUUUUAACUUGAAAUGGCAUGAAGAUGGGAAGUUUUGUAGGGUACUUGGAACUGACAAGUAAUUUUGGUUGCUCUCUGAUUAUACGGUCAGUCAAUGAAACAAAAACAAAAAGCUAGGAAAGGUCUUGCCAGUUGAAUUUGUGCACUUUUGGGGAAUAAAAAAAAAAAAAAGCUGGUGUAGAGCAGUUUUAUGGUCAUAUGUGUUUCCCAUGUGGAGAAAGCCUUGCUUCUCCUUGUUACUCUUUUAUUUUUUGAAGCUCCUCUUUGAUACGCACCAUGGUUAGCUUGGAUAAGAGAGAACGCCGAUGCUUGAGUGACUGGAGAGAGUAGUGUCUGCUAGGUGUGAGUUGAUGCUGCACAUUUUAAACAAUAAAGGGCUCCCUCCCCACCCCCAAUACUUUGUUAAGGGUUGCAAAUUACUUGGCCUAGCGAAUCAUCUCAGCAUUCACUGUGCUAAAUGGCAUUCAGACUCUGCAAGACAGAUGUUCUUACUGUCCUGUGGGGGAUGUUUUAACUGUCAAGAGAUACUUGUUGCUUACAUGGUUUUUAGUAUAGUUGGAUGAGUCCAUGCUAGGCAUAUUAGUUUUGGGUUUGGCUUUCCUCUUUUUUUAAGUUGUGCAUCAGACUUCCUAGUGUUGAUGUAAAUAUUUUGACAAAUGUAUUGAACCACCAACAGUGCAUCAUGAUUUUUUCCAUAUAUCCUUACAAUUUCAGUUUUCUGCUUUUUCAAAGUGUUCAGAUACAAAAUUGGUGCUAACUGUAGGAUCUAUAAAAGGCUAUCAUGCUCUUUUGGAUGUUCAGUAUGGAAAAUGCAUGACAGGUGUUGAUAGUGUUUUUCAUUUUUACUAGCUUGAUAGAAUUAUGCUUAUUUAAAAUGUUGGUGAUUAUCCUAAUGUCCACAUCCGAGAAUGAUGUAGAUGGUUCACGUUACGCUUCUCACAGUUGCUGAAAAGUACAAUAGAUUUAAAGACGCAUUUUUUUAUCAUCUUGUGCUAGAUGUUCUGUGUCCUUCUUAACACAGAAAUAUAUGCAUUAAAUAUAAAGCAGUAGGCAAUUAAGCGCUAUUUGUAUACUUUUUAGGUAACUGAAUAAUUUAGAAAUUGAGGAAAUCAGAAACUCAAUGUUUACAUGAGUUAUGGUUCUAAAUUCAGUUCUACUUUGACUAAAAAAAAAGUUAUAGCCAGGUGACAACUUAUUUAAAGAAGUGCUUAAUUUUUUAUUUAGCAUGUUUUGGUAAAUGUCUGCUAGUCUUGAACAAAUUUCUUUUACCUGCAUUUUUUUUAGGAUGCCAGUACUUUUACUGUGGGUACUACCGUCAUUUUUUCUUUUCCUUAAUUGUUUGACCCAUCUCUGUCUCGUUAUAGUCUCUGCAAGAUCAGUGUAUGUUUCCUAAGAAAAACUUCAUACUGCAUUUUCUUAAGUGCCAUGAUGUUAUAAACUAUCGUUCAGAAGCCAUUUAUAAUUAUAAACUAGAGGUUGAUUCCUUAGUGUGUGUGUAUGUAUAUAUGUACACACAUACAGACAAUAAUACACACACACACACACACACUAGUUGCUGAAAACUAUUUAUAGCUGGGCAGUCUGCAGUUUGCCUUGUUCUUCCGUGAACUGCCAGAUGUACAUCUGCACAUAUACUACAAUGCCACGUGAAGGCGUCUCCAAGCAUCACAGUAGUACCGUGCUUAGGAAUAUCUGCACAGAUUAUUCUAAACCUUGCAAGCAAAGCACUUUUUAGGCUCUCUGAAUUAACAACUCAACACGAGCUACUGAUAAAACGGACAGGCUGAAUAUUUUCUAUGUUGCUUUGUUUGAUCAACAUAAUAUAUAGCAAUAACUUUUUUAAUUGAUCUGAGUAACUGUUGAAUAGAAAUAAGGUGCACUAUUGAUGGGCCUAGACUCUGUUGAAAGAAAAGCAGCUGAAAAAAAGGUCUUCUCAUAUGCUGUUUUCAAUUCUCAGCUCAGUUUUGUUUUUAUUAAUCAAAUUAACUAGAUCUUGUUAUACUAUUACAUUUUUAAUUCCCUCUCCUCAGAAGAUAAGGGGAUUUGUUGUGAAUAUAUUGUCACUGUAAUUACCUAUAUGCGUCACACGCUGGCAUUAAGUAGCGCUUUAGUCAUUCAUCAGCCCCACGAGCAAAUUAGUUUAAAUUAGUUUAAAAUUAGAUCAGAGUUACUUUUUGGAAAUAUGUGAACUUCAUCUUUGUGAAGACUUAAGUAUCUUCCUGGGCAAGAGUAGGAAUCAUAUAGCCGAGAACAGAGACAUAACAAGCACCCAAACUUACAGAAAUGUAUUUCAGGUUAGCUAAGCCUACUGCACUGUUCAUAACCAACAGAGGUACCAAUGUAACCUGGUAACUGAUAAUUUGGCAACAGAAUGUUUUUCAUAUAGAUUUGUGAGCAGUUUUAUUAUGAAAGAGUCUCUGGACACUUUGUAAAUUUAAAGUCACAGUUUAUGUUUAGAAGGAUUAGAAUGUUUAUUUAUCAACUACUAGUUUUCAGAGUGUCAGUAAUAAUGUUAACGCACUUGAACAAAGAGGAGGAAGAUACUUAAUACUGCCUAGAAGUAUUUGGGGGAAAGUGGCAGUUGGAAAUUGAAAUAAUUUUAAUAGCUUGGGAGGCAAUUGCCUUUUAUAAAUAUGUUAGAAAAAUAAUAUAUUAGGGAUAUUCGGCUAUAUACAUGUUAAAUAUAGUGAUGGAAUUUAAUUUUUAAUGUACCUCACCUCUAUAAGUCCCAUGUUAUACUGUUUUUAAAAAUGAAUAUCAAAACAUGGGAACUGUUAUCAAUUAUAAGGAAGUGACAUUGGGCUUGGAAACACUCCUUGUUUGACAGAUACGGAGCUUCUACUGUAUGUGUGAGAUUGUGCUGGGUGUAGUGGGGCGUGAUAUAGUCUUUCCACACUUACAGGACAGUUACAGUGAGAGAGACGUGUGCCCUUACUAUGAUGAUAAAAUGUCUCUUGAUUCAUUUUUAGCACCAUGGGUGAUUAGAGACCCAGUUUAUGUACAUUUGUACCUUUUAGUGAACAGUUUAGGUUUUACUGACGUAAAAAAAAAGAAUUACAAAAAGUUUAAUAUUUAUAGAACCCCAGAUUUCCUGAACUUGGCAAUAUAUUUUCUAGUAGAAAAUUAUACACACAAACAAAAAAAAGUGUACUGUCAAGGUGAAACAGUGAAGGGAGUAUGUGUACACAUGACGUGUCUUUGUUUUCAGCUUUGGUGUUGGGUUUCUGGUAUUGUCACCUAAGUGCUCAUUUUCAGGAAAAUCAAAUUCAAUAUACAUUUUAAAGUUCAAUAAACUUGUAAUAACCUCUAUAACCUCUGGUAGAUGGAAAAUUAGGAAAUUAUGUCACAUGUCCAGUUAACACCCAGCUCUACUUUUUAACUUUCUUUGUAAAGCAGCACUUUAAGUAGAUAGGAUCAUGCCAUGGCUAGAUGCACCCUGGGUUUUUAGUUAACGAUACUCUGCUGUCAGUAGACACUUGUCAAGACUGAGGGACGCAGGUAAGUUUUACAGACUGUAGGUUCACAAGUCCCCUUGCUGGUAUGGAAAUGAAGUCAGUAAGAAUCCAGUUUACAUCUUUGCAGAGAAAAAAAGAUGUCAUCCAUAUACAUUUUAUAUUGCACAUAUUUAGAGAUGGUUUAUUGUUAAAUUUUGUCAGAUCAUCAUGUGUCCCAUUUAAUUGAAAAUACUCAGCAAAAAGUUCCAAGAUUGCCUUAAAAUACAAGUGAAAUUAAAGAGCUGGAUGAUGAUACUUAUAUUUUUGCCUUAUGAACUGUGCCGUGUCACAAACCAGAGAUGGCUUUGAGUUUAACAGGACUCUGCAAUUUUGUCGAGUACUGUAUUGGUACUCACUUGCAAAGAGUAUGAUCUGGUGUGGGAUGUGUUGAUGACGUCUAAGUCUUUUCUGUAUGUAUUUUACCUCCGAGUAUGUAUCUUUUUAGCGUCAGGGUUUAUUUUGUUUUUUGUUUACAGAAUAAAGUGGCAUUUAACUUGUUGAAGGUUGUAUUAUGUCUUUUGUUAAAAAAAAAAUUCUUUGCGUGUACUGUUGUGGUAAUGCCCUGUAAUAACUGGUUAAAUUUCAUUUACUGUAAAAUGGUUAAAAUAAAUUUGAAAAACAGCA